CAGUUUCCUGUCUAACAGUGAGAUAAAGACGUGAUCAUGUGACAUAAAGUGUGAUCGUAGAAAGUUAAUCUGAAGUACAGACUUCAUUACACACGUCUCCUCUGUCAGAGAUGUUCUCACUAAGUCUGUUUUUCACUCUCCACUCUCGUCAGGUGUGAUGAGUUUGAGGUUGUUGUAAUUUAGAGUUGACAGGUGACGCCCGAAGUUUGUGACAACGAGUCAGACCGGCUGUACAGCCUGAGCACACACACACACACACACACACACAGUGACUCUCAGCGUCAGAACACAUGUAGAUCUUCAGCUGAGAGUCAAGUCCAGGUUUUAAAGGAUCCAGACUUGUGCAGUGAGUGAAGACCAGCAGACGUGUUUUCAGGAUUCAGAUCAAACCCUGGACCUGCUCCUGCGCAGCAGACCGGCUGGGUUUUAGACAUGAUGGAGCGGAUCUUCACCCAGGUCUAGUCCUGGUAAUGACCCUGAUGUGGACUAAGAGUCUGGUGAUGAUCAUCAUCAUGAUCCUGCUGCUCGACUGUGCUGGGGUCAGGACGCUGCUGCCUCCUCCCGCCUCAGUCUCUGUGGAGUCUGUUGACAUGAGACACAUCCUGAGGUGGCGCCCCCUUCAGGUUUCAUGCAAAACUUCAGCUCUGUACUCUGUGCAGUUCCAGGGGGAGUUUGAGUUGACAGUUCUUAACGACAGUUGGGUCGACGCCGCCGAGUGUCAGCUGAUCCCUCGCAGUCACUGCGACCUGACCCUGGACCUGGGCUCUGACUCCGACUACAGCGUCCGCGUCAGAGCGAAGUGUGGGUCACAGUUGUCCACAUGGGCGGUGCUCUCUCCACCGUUCAACCGCAAAAACAGUGUCCUGACAGUGCCGGACAUGAAGGUGUCUGCCGUGGGCGACACCCUUCAGGUUUCUUUUGACAAAGUCCCUCCCUCUGCCAUCAUCAGGGUGACAGUGUGGAGGUCAGGCAACGAGCUGAAGGCUGACGUUUACUCAGUAGCAGCUGGGCAGGCGGGACUGAACAUCGCUGCCUUGCAGGAAGGAGUGAAGUACUGCGUGCGAGCGCGGCUCAUCCUGGAGAAUCAGUUCCAGAGCAACAGCACUGACACUCACUGUGACAUCAUCCCAGGUUCAGGUCCUGCGUGGAGAAUAGUGACCACAGUGACAGUGACCAUAGUCCUCAUGUCCGUCCUCUUGUCCGCCGUCUUGUCCGUCGUCGUCCACUGUGACUUCUGUCAAACUUAUUUCCAGAAAGAUCCACAUCCGCCGUCACUGCCAUCAGUUUGGGAUCUUCAAAAUGCAACUGUGUGUCACGAGCCUGAAGUUUAUGAUCUGAUCGACGCGAUGAUCGACUCAGAGCAGCAGACAUUAAAGAGUGAUGAAGAUGAAGAAGACGAAGAUGUGUUUGUGUCACAUGUGGAUAAACAAGGUGUCAAACUUCCUUCCUCUGUGGACGUGGUGGACGGUUAUUGUUCUCAGCUGCAUGAGUCCACUGCUGCCAAACAAAGCAUUUUAUAUUUUUAUGUUUAAUACCGUUUUAAACAUAAUUAUUUGUUCUGUAACUGAUGUUUGUUUUCUUCCUCGCUUGAGCUGCACAUCAUCACAAUUAUGUUUAUUAAUUAUUUUUAUUAAUUAUGUUUCUGACGUAUUCAAGAAUUCAAUAAAAGAAUAAUAAAUAAAA